GGCUAGUCAAGACCGGUCAAGACAAUAUAAUAUGAUAUAAUACAUAAGUCAUCACGUGAGGAGAAGGGUGUUGUUUUGUGUUUGUCCGAUGAACUUUUACACCUCGUGCAGCCCAACAAAAACAUGACGUCGGAGAAGUUCGAAGACAUGGAAGAGGACAUCAAAUCUCUUCUGGACGAAAUAAGUCGAAAAUAUGACAUCUGCAUACGUGCAGGGGGCGAAGACAAGAAGGCAGCUCUUCGCGACGUCGAACGAAAACUGGAUCAAGCAAACCGAGCUCUUCAAGACUUGGAGCAGGAAGCGAGAUCUGCACCGCACCCGUAUCGUGUCACGAUGCUGUCAAAGUCUAGGAAGUUGAAACAAGACAUUAUCAGUGCCGAAAGACGUUUCAAAGCGCUCACAAGUGAUCGUGGUCUGGCACGACAAGAGCUUCUAAGCCCAACUACUGUGAUAGGCGACUUUGGUAGCGAUCCCCAACGCAGUCGAUUACUGCAGAUGAAUGACACGAUACAGAGGACCACGGACAGCGUAGGGCGAUCCAUUCAGGUUGCCUCCGAAACCGACCAGAUUGGUGUGGCUGUUGGCGAAGAACUCCGGUCCCAAAGAGAGACACUAGUUCGAGCUAAAGAGAGACUAGAGGAAGUAGACGGAAACUUGACAACGAGCCGCAAGAUAAUCCGGACCAUGUACAGGAGAGUAAUUACUAACAAGAUGAUUCUGAUUGUGAUCAUCAUAUUGGAAUUGGCCAUCCUUGGUGGUCUGCUAUACUGGAAACUUGCACGGUGAUAAUGUGACUAUGAUGGCUGGCUUGUCGAUUACUGAUUGUUACUCCCUGUUUUUUAAGCAUACAUAAUGAAUAGCCAUGGGAUGCUACUCGUUGCAACGAGAUUUUUAUUACAGUGAGUGCAACCGCUGCUUUAUUUUCUGACGCGCACGAUGUUAGCUUGCGUGCACACAGUGUGGAGAGAGAGCCAUGUAAAGGUGCUCCACAGCACAUAGUUGUGUUUAUGUACCCUAUUCAACUUAUAGCACAUUCGGGUGUCUUGUGCUUGCACUUUUUACAUGACACCGUGAAUUUUUCUACGUACUGUUAAUCGUGGGGAGUGUUGCCUUCUUGCUGCAGGCAAGCUGCAAUCAAAUAAUAAAUGUAACCUCGCAUA